AGAAUACUGUCAGCAACUCGCAUCGGAUUCAAGGUUAGCUUUAUAAAUCGUGAGCAGCCGACUCAGAGGAGGUUUGGACGUGUUGGUGGUGCGAAAACGAGCCAUAUCACAUUUCAAACAUGACGGUUGCCCGCCGAGGCUUUGGCCUGGCCCGGCUACUGUUCACGAAAACAAGUGGAUUAUCCUUCCUCUUAAAGUCUGCCCUUACACAUGGGCUUCGCCGAGGAGGGUUGUUGUACUAGCAAAAAUGUCUCGCCACGCUUUACCUUUCAUUCAAGUGGCAAUAACAUCCGUAGCCUACCCUUUUCCCUCAUAUGGAACUGACUAGAAGAAGAAGCACCUGGGUUUUAGCACAAAGUCCACUAAGCUAGCUUAGCUCUGUUGUUAGCCUACGACAAAGUUCACUUCCACGCGGUGGCGGUGCGUGAUGUGAAGAGGGCGCAUGAACUGCUUUCUCAGGUUACUGGCUCAGUACUUCUGUGAGGAAGCUGCGACUGUUUUGAAAGUACUGCAAACGCUAACUCAGAAAAGUGAAUGAUUUACACGAAGAAAGAAGAAAGGAUUAAAACUAUAUAAGUAAAAGUUAUUAAUCUCAGAAAAGACUGUGGAGAUGGAUCCGUCUUCUGGGAUGCACAUGUCCACUGUACCCCCAAACAAUGAAGUGGUCCAUGUGGCUGUUGGGAAUCCCAUUAUCGCCAUGUAUCAAACUCCACCUCAGCCCCCAAACAUUGCGCAGAUCAUUACACAGCAUGUCAUACCGCAAGAUGUCUCCUGUCAAGCUGUACCGCAUACGGUUCCAUCGCAAGUUCAGAUAUCAUCGCAAGCCCAGGCUCUACUGCAUGGCCACGGCCCAGCCCGUCAGCCUCAAAGCCAUGGUCUGCCUCAGAGUCUUGGGCAGUCUCAAAGCCAUGGGCAAACACAAAGCCAUGGUCAGUCACAGAGCCAUGUGCAGCCCCAAACCCAUGUGCAGUCACAAAGCCAUGGGCCGUCUCAAGGCCACGGGCAACUACAAAGCCAUGGUCCUUCACAAGUCGACAUUCCAACGCAAGGCCACUCGGAGAGCCAGAGUGUACCAGCCUCUCAGGAUGGCGCCAGAUCAUCAUUGCAAGUUCCCUUUGCAGAGGUUGCCUCCCUUCUGGAUCCUAACAUGAAGAGCUCAAAGGCCCGGAAGUACCAAAUCCAUUAUGAGGAAGUUAAACGGAGGCUUGAGCCACCUGAAAAGAUGUCUCUCAGGUCUCUUGCUGCCUACACUAGAGUGAGUCGAGGCCCAGCCAGUAAAAAAACCCUCCUGGAAUCACUGAAUGUUUUUGGCCUGUCACCAAGCACCAACACAGCGGUAUCCAGCUCUUUCUCCAAACUCACUGAGGGUGACACAGCAGCACUGUGUAAAGAUAUGAAGGACUUUGCCUUACAGUAUGUGGAUUAUGAAAACAUGGCAAAACAGUUACUGCCUGAGACAAACCAGGUGCAACACUGGUCAAAAAUAAUUGAAACAAGGAACUAUCUGGAAGAGAUGCGGAAAGUUUUCAAAGACCCAGCAAACAGUCACUUGUUUUCCAAUGUCACACAUGGCCUCGGCAAUGGCAUGAUGGACGUAGCACUUGACAUUAUUGAUGAUGUCAUUGAUCGGCAGAUCCGCAUCCUGUCCGGGAACACAGAUCCCAAACCCGAGCCGCCAAUGAGGAGGAUCCGGAAGCGCACCCGUAAACCUAAGGCCACCACAGAGGAUGGCAAACCCAAAGAGAAGGGCAAAAGAGGCAGGAAGAAAGGCAAGCAGAUGCGAUUAGAUCCUGCUGUUCCACAGGUUCCGCAGUCCACAGACAUAGAGAGCAGUGUCCUGACCCUGGUGUCUGUGGGAUACGAGACCAUAUCGAGUGGCCUCGGUGCCACCAACGCAGGCCUGGCAUAAUCUGAGCCUGAGGGACGCUGAGAGUGCAGUUUCUUUUAAAGCACGUUUUAGUUUUGUAUUGUUAGAUUUAUCAUUUCCUUUAAAUGUUGACUCUAAAACGAUGUUUUGUUUUUGAACCAUGUCAGCUGUAGAAAAAAAUAAUCAGUCUUUUAACAAUUCAGUUGGCAGAGAGAGUGUUUUUUUUUUUUCCAACAAGGACAGUUCAGUUAAAAAAAUCUUGUCAUAUCUUACGUUUGUUUCAUUUUUGCUUUUGUUUUAAGUGAAGAUCAAAUGUAUACAUUACUGUGGCAAAGUCUUAGGCAGCCAGGAAAUUUAUUUAGAAUGAUUUAACUUGACAGUCUGUGUGUUUAUCCAGUAACAGACUAAAUGCCAUUACAAUAAGUACAAACAUAAGUAAAUCGUAGCAAGAUUAUUUAUGAUUUUCUUAAAAAAGAAGUUAUUAAUAUCUUAGUUCGAAGAAAGCAAGUUUGGUUCCUGAUUUCUCAGUGCAAUCCAGACAUUGCAUUGAUUUGUUAUGUUUCAUCAGCAGCUCACCUGCUUUAAUUAUUAUUAUUAUUAUUAUUAUUAUUAUUAUUGUAAUAAAUAUUUACUGCUCAAACGAAUAACUUUACAAAUAAUUUUCUCUGAUGCCUAAGACUUUUGCACACUACUGUUCAUGCAGCAUAUAUAAGGUAGAAAUACAUCAGAACAAAUGUUUUUAAGCAGCACAGAUCAGUGAAGGUGAAUCAUGAAACCAAUGCAUAUUGUUACUUUCGAUUCUGGUUUGUAAUAGCAGAGCAAUGUAAGUUGAAUAAUGCCAUAUCUUUUACGUAGGAUGACAAAUUUUUCCAAUGAAGUUAUAUAAUAUUUAUAUAUUUUCUCGUUUGAUUGUAUACGUGUGGUGUACUGAGUAACUAGUGAAUGGUUGUAGGCUGUAUUUGAAAGUACUUCAGAUUGCUCAUUUGUGUGUAUUAAAAAUGUACAUUUUUUACUGA